AUGGAACUUUUCUCUAGUCAGAACAGAUUCCAACCCAACUCCAAGUGUGGUAUCCUGAACAAACUCAUAUCGGUUGUUGGAGCUCUUGAUCCUGCAAUUUCUUUUGAUAUGGCAGAUAUUUUAGGUAUUUACAAAGUUCCACAGUUCCUAUAUGGCCCUUCUCCAAGUAUGAAUGAUAAAACUGAAAUCCCUUUCUACUACCACAUGGUUCCAGAUGAAGAUUUCCAUUUUAGGGGGAUUCUUCAGCUACUUUUGCACUUCAGGUGGACCUGGGUUGGGAUACUUGUGAAAGGACUUGGUGGAGCAAAAUUUGAACAACUGAUUUUUUCAAUGUUUUCUCUCAAUGGCAUCUGUAUUGCCUUCUUGGAGCAGCUCAGGACAAUUUAUGUCAAUAAUAUCUCUGACAGCCUAAAAUGGCUUGUGGAGACAUUUCAUCUUUUUAUGAACAGCAAGGCUAAUGUUGUGAUAAUCAAUGAUAAAUAUGUUUUACAUUUGAGAUGGUUGUUAUAUCUCCCUGAAAUGGAAAUAGUUUCUAUUAAGCCAAAAGGUAAGGUGUGGAUCAUGGCCUCCCAAAUGGGUCUUGCAUCAUUCUUUUAUCAGAAGAGCUGGGACAUCCAAGACCUCCAUGGUACACUGUCCUUUGCAGCUUAUUCAAAUGAAGUUGAAGGAUUUCAGCAUUUUCUUAAGACCAGAAAUCAUUUCUCAUUCAUUCAUCAAGAUGGUUUCCUCAAAAAUGUGUGGGAGCAUGCAUUUGGCUGCAUAUUUCCAAACCCAUCUGUGAGUGAGGAAACGGAGGAUGUCUGCACUGGGAAGGAGAAACUGGAGAACCUUCCUGGGGCUUUUUUUGAAAUGAGGAUGACCAGUCAGAGUUACAGUAUAUACAAUGCAGUGUAUGCUGUGGCACAUGCUUUUCAUGCCAUGCAGUUGGGCCAACAACAGCAUCGGAGAAGAUGGAAUCUUCAGGACACCCAGCCAUGGCAGCUUCACUUCUUUUUGAAAAGAAUUGCAUUUAAUAACAGCAUUGGGGAUGAAAUUUCCUUUGAUGAGAAUGGAGAACUGGUUACAGGACUGGAUAUUGAGAACUGGGUGAUAUUCCCAAACCAGUCCUUCCAUCGAGUGAAAGUUGGGAAGCUGGAUCCCUGGGCUGCUAAAGACAAAAUGUUCACCAUUCAUGAGGAAGCCAUCACCUGGCCCAGCACUUUCAACCAAACACUGCCUAUUUCAGUGUGUACUGAAAGUUGCCUCCCUGGUUAUUUCAGAAGAAAGCAGGAAGAUAAGCCGUUUUGCUGCUAUGAUUGCCAUCCAUGUCCCAAAGAGAAGAUGUCAAGUGAGAAGGACAUGGAUGACUGUUCGAAAUGCCCAGAAGAUCAAUAUCCAAGCAUGGACCAAGAUUCGUGUCUUCCCAAGAGAAUGUCAUUCUUGUCUUACAAAGAACCAGUGGGAAUAAGUCUAGUAAUUUUGGCAGUUUUCUUUUCUUUCUGCACACUGGUGGUACUGGCAACAUUUUUGAAGUAUCACCAUACUCCCAUCGUCAAGGCCAAUAACCAAAAUAUCACCUACGUUCUACUCCUCUCCCUCCUUCUUUGUUUCCUUUGCUCACUGCAGUUCCUCAUUGCCCCUGGCAAUAUAAUAUGUCUCCUCCGACAAAUUAGUUUUGGCAUCAUCUUCUCCGUGGCUGUGUCUUCUGUGCUGGCAAAAACCAUCACUGUGGUUGUGGCUUUCAUGGCUACCAAGCCAGGAUCCAGGAUGAGGAAAUGGGUGGGAAGAGGACUGGCCACCUCCAUUGUUCUUUCUUGUUCCCUGAUUCAAGCAGGCAUCUGCAUGGUGUGGUUGUUCGCCUUUCCACCAUUCCCUGAUAUUGACACCCAUUCAGAAAUUGAGGAAAUGAUACUGCAGUGCAAUGAAGGCUCAGCUACUAUGUUCUACUGUGUUCUGGGCUACAUGGGCUUUCUGGCAGUUUGCAGUUUUACUGUAGCAUUUUUCUCCAGGAAGCUCCCCAGCAGUUUCAACGAAGCCAAAUGUCUCACCUUCAGCAUGCUGAUCUUCUGCAGUGUGUGGCUCUCCUUUGUUCCAUCCUACCUGAGCACCAAAGGCAAAUACAUGGUGGCUGUGGAGGUUUUCUCCAUUUUGGCUUCUAGUGCUGGGUUGCUGGGCUGCAUAUAUGUCCCCAAAUGUUACAUAAUCCUUGUUAGGCCAGAGCUGAACAACAGGGAACAAUUAACUAAAAGAAUAAAUUAUUAA